UGAUUUUGAUAAGACAUGUCCAAGUCUAAGGUUCAAACAAGGCUUGUGUUGAAAAAGGUAAAAGCAUAAAAAAAUUAAAAAUAACAAAAAUAAAAUCUAAGGAUUGAGUAUCCCCUUCUCAAGCAAAAAAAAAAAAAAAAUGUCUGUGACAUCUUCAUUCCCAUGCAUCAAAAUCCCAGCUUGUUCCUCUUCAUCAUGCACAUCUUCAUCAACUUCAUCAUUUAGAUUUUCCUCUUGCAAGCCUUAUGCUGUGGCUGUUACUGUAAGGAACUCUCAGACCGAAGGGCCUCUGAGAAGACCAGUGGCUCCUCCUGUGAGAGAACCAUCUAGUACUAUCCCUCAGCCCCUCAAGCCUUCACCUCCUUCUCAGCCUCCUCCUCAGAAGCCUUCUCCUCUUGUUGGGGAUGAUAAGAAUCUCAUAACAUUAGAGUUUCAGAGGCAAAAGGCUAAGGAGCUGCAGGAGUACUUCAAACAGAAGAAGCUUGAAGAAGCAAAUCAGGGUCCUUUCUUUGGCUUCAUUGGCAAAAAUGAGAUCAACAACGGAAGAUGGGCAAUGUUUGGUUUUGCUGUUGGAUUGUUAACAGAGUAUGCAACAGGCUCAGACUUUGUUGAUCAAGUAAAGAUCCUUCUCUCGAAUUUUGGGAUAGUGGAUUUGGAAUGAAUACCAUAAGAUCAUAUAUACUGUCAAUAGUUUCAUGUUGUUUUUCCUAGCAUAAACAAGGUUCAUCAAUUUGUUUCAUCUUCAUAUAUAGCAAGCAAGCUUGCUGCUGUGUCUCCACAUCUAUAAAAUAACAAUAAUAUCAUGAUUUUCAUUUUCCUUUGUGCUCAAUUGCCUUGCUAUAGGUAUGGUAAGCCAUUUGAGUGCAUUGCAUUUAACAUCAGAUACCAAAUGAAAAAUGUGCAUUGUUCAUUAA